UUCGCUCACUCAUUCGGCAUUUUCAUUCCCUUUUCAAAAUAUCUGCCUCUCACUGGCAAAGCUGGAAACCGGCUGACGAAACGGCGGAGACACGACGGAGCACGGCGACGGCGGUGAUUUAUUAACGGGCGUGGAAUUGUUUCCUUCCUCAGUAAAGACUAAGUCUUUGUUCGUUGGUUGUUGUUGCUCGGAGGUGCUUCUCCAAUGGAAGCUACGCUUCUCCGUUAUCCUCAGUUCUUCAAGGCAAAGCCUUACCAGAUAGUGGGUGGUUCUGCAGUUGAUCGUGUUCCUGGUCACCACCUUCCUCGUCCCAGAAACUGUCGUGCCAAUAUGAAUUUGUCAAAGUCUAGAGAAACCCAAUUUAUACAGAUGAGCAGUCAUUUCUUACGCAAAGAAAGGAAGAAUUUUUCGGCACAUUAUUCCAAUCAGCUGCGAAGUGACUCUAUGAACAGCGGAGAAACACAUUCGGAUUCUCAGAAUUUAGAGGUUUUUCCUCCAGAAGCUGCUGGUGCUCAGGACAUUCAUCUAUCGCAGAAUGUUGCUAGCGCUAUAACUCUGCAGGAAAGGCCAAAAACUUUCAGAAAUAGGUUUCUUGAUUUUGUUCGCCUAAGCUCAGUCCUGAACAAUGCGGCAGAAGCAUUCUUUAAGAGCGAGAUAAGGAGGAGGUUAUUCAUAACAGCUGUGCUACUUGUAGUCAGCCGUGUUGGAUAUUUUAUUCCUCUGCCUGGGUUUGACAGAAGACUGAUACCCCAAGAUUACCUCAGCUUUGUCUCAGGAUCUGUCGAGGAGUUGGGUGAUUUUGGAGGGGAGGUCAAGCUUUCGCUUUUCCAGCUUGGACUCAGCCCACAAAUCAUAGCAUCAAUAAUUAUGCAGGUGCUUUGCCAUGUUGUUCCAUCCUUAGUAAAGUUGCGAAAGGAAGGCUUGGAUGGCCAUGAGAAGAUUAAGAGUUAUAUAUGGUGGCUGUCAUUUUUCUUUGCAAUAUUGGAAGCUGUAGUGGUGGCUUGCACUUCUCUGCAGUACUCGGUUUAUGCAGCCACUGCCCGGGUGAAGCAUGUGAUGGUUACAGCAGCACUGAUGGUCUGCGGUGCAAUGACAAUGACAUGGAUAUGUGACACAAUAUCAGAAUCUGGAUUUGGUCAUGGAUCAUCUCUGAUAAUUUGUGUGGGAAUAUUGACGGGCUACACAGAAACCUUACACAAGAUGCUGACUCAAAUCUCUGGACGUGCUGCGCAUUGGUGGCCUUACCUGCUAGGUUUAUUGGGUAUUUUCACUAUUGUCACCAUGUGGGCUGUUGUUGUUACUGAGGGCUGCAGGAAGAUAAAAUUGCAGUAUUAUGGUUUUAAACUUGCUUCUGCUUCAAGAGAAGGUUCUCCAAUGACUGAGGUGGAACCGUACAUACCUUUUAAUAUUAACCCAUCAGGAAUGCAGCCUGUUCUCACCACCACGUAUCUCUUGGCGUUUCCCAGUAUUCUUGCGAGUGUUCUUGGCUCACGAUUCUGGGAGCAUGUGAAAGAGAUACUGAACCCUGAAACUACAGUCGGUGCGCCACCGUGGGUUUACUAUUCAAUCUAUGCGUUUUUCGUCUUUCUUUUCAACAUAUUUGACAUUGCCAAUUUGCCAAAGGAAAUAGCUGAUUAUUUGAACAAGAUGGGGGCCAGAAUACCAAACAUAAAGCCUGGAAAGGCCACAAUUGAGUACCUAACCAAGAUACAGGCUUCAACCAGGUUUUGGGGGGGUUUACUGUUGAGUUUUUUGGCGACAUCGUCUACUAUACUUGACCACUAUCUACGCAGCAUCAACGAGGGCUUUGCCAUCGGCUUUAUGUCAGUCCUGAUCAUCGUGGGUUCGAUAAUUGAGCUAAGAAGAUCGUACCAUGCCUACAAUGUCAUGCCGAGUUUAAGCAAAGCGUUGAGAAGAUACGGUGUAUGACUGACUUCACCGUCGUCAAGCUAAGGACACUCUGCUUUUUGGAUACUACGCCGUUCCAUGUCGCAAAUGUUUCGAAAUCUCUCUUAGAUUAGGCAUUGAAGGUUUUAUAGUAAAACAAGACACGAGGAAACAUGGCAUUACAAAGGAUGCUCUGUUAUGUCCGAGUGAAGAAUGUGGAUAAACAGCCUUUUUCGCUUUUGAGUUUCUUAUUCUGUGGCUCUCAGUUCAUGUGGCCAUUGUAGGACAUCGGAAAAGAAAAAGCUUCCCACUUUUUUUUUUCCCGACAGGAUAUUUUUGUUCAAAGCCGCCAUAGAAACGAUCCUUCUUGGCAUUUUGAAACUGA